UCUCUUUUUGUAGGUUCAAAGCUGAAUGAAGAUUUGAAGAAAACUAUAUUGAAUCACCAGUUCUUUUCACAGGAUCAUCUGGACAGUGUACUGCCACUAAUGGAGCCUUCCAAAUUUGACUAUUCUGAGAACUUUGGAAGAAUUAAUGGAAUAUUAAUGUAUAAACUUUUUCUCAAGUACUGGAAUAAUGUGGAGAAAUUUGAGGCAAGACCUGAUGACCUUGUCGUUGUUACCUACCCUAAAUCUGGCACAACCUGGGUUAGUGAAAUUUUAGACCUGAUCUACAAAGAAGGUGAUGUGGAAAAAUGCAGAAAAGAUGCCAUAUUUAAUCGGGUGCCUUUCCUGGAAUGCAACAAUGAGAUAAAUAUGAAUGGAGUAAAACAAUUAGAAGAUAUGAACUCCCCCAGAAUUGUAAAGACUCAUUUACCAGCUGAUCUUCUUCCUGCUUCAUUUUGGGACAAUAACUGUAAGAUAAUCUACCUUAUGCGGAAUGCCAAGGAUGUGGCUGUUUCUUAUUAUUACUUCUUUAAAAUUGUAACGAUUCAUCCAGAUCCUGGAUCAUUUCCAGAGUUUGUGGAGAAAUUCAUGGAAGGAGAAGUUCCUUAUGGUUCCUGGUAUAAUCAUACACAGACUUGGUGGGAGAAGAGAAAGAAUCCACGAGUGUUAAUUCUUUUCUAUGAAGACUUAAAAAUGGAUAUCAGAAAAGAGGUGAUUAAAAUCGCACAAUUUCUGGGAAAGAAGCUAUCAGAGGACCUUUUGGAUACAAUUAUAAAACAUACUUCAUUCCAGGAGAUGAAAAACAAUCCAUCCACCAAUUAUACAUUGGUUCCAAGUGAAAUAAUGAACCAAGAAAUAGUGCCCUUCCUAAGAAAAGGGGAUAUAGGAGACUGGAAGAAUCACUUUACAGUAGCUCUGAAUGAAAAAUUUGAUGUUCACUAUGAGCAACAAAUGAAGGGAUCGACAUUAAAAUUACGAACUGAGAUCUAAGAAGGAUUUUUGUAACAUUCCUGAGAUUAAAGCUAUCUUCUCUCA